CAAGAGUGACUAUUUUCAGAAAUUUCCGUAGGCACUUACUUUGAAACUAUGUCGUUUCAACUUCGUAACUUUUUGCUGAAAGGCCUAAUCUUUUUUAUAAUGUACUGUUGAACUCUUCACCGUUCAACAAUAAUCUCUCUCGAGGAUGUGGGGUUCAUAUCGGAAUUCUUCUCAGCUUUCGAACAAGCAAAAGCAAGAGAAAGAAUGGUUUGCAACCAGUUUUAGGGCAGAAAAUUUCAUUCCAGGGCUUGUUAUUGGUUUCAUUUUUGGGAUGUUGUUGGAUUUAUCAAAGCCUGCAAAAAGUCAUGCAAAGAAGAAAAAUUUCUUGCCAGGCAAGCCCCAAGAACAUUUAAGAGUCCCCAGUAACGGUGAUCAAGACCUCAAAAUGGUUUUGGUAGUAAGACAAGACCUGAAGAUGGGUUCAGGAAAGAUUGCAUCUCAAUGUGCUCAUGCAGCCACUGGCAUGUAUGCAGAGCUGAUGCAAAGUGACCGGUCCCUUUUGAGACAAUGGGAGCAAUGUGGGCAACCCAAAAUAGUGGUUACAUGCAAGAAUCAACAAGAAAUGAAUAAACUGAAGGAAGCAGCUGAAAAUAUUGGUCUUCCCACAUUUGUUGUUGCAGACGCUGGAAGGACACAGGUUUCUGCUGGCUCAAAGACAGUUCUUACUGUUGGACCUGGUAUGCUGUACUUCAUUGGGCUGCAAGAAUAUUUUCAGUUGCUUCACCUUUCUCUUAUUAUACAGCUUUUUCUUUUGCCAAUAUUACUUGACAUCAUUAGAGUAAAGCUUACGAAGCAAAGCUUGCAUCAUCAGUGAAUCCCCAUGGUUAUUAUUGUUUUUUGGGGCCUAGAGAGUUGGUGGAUUCAGUGACUGGGAAACAACGGUUGCUCUAAUUGUGUCAAUGAAACAAGAACUCUAAAUGCAUAAAUCUUCAGAGAUGACAAGUUUAAGUGAUGGAAAAGGAAAAUUAGACUAAAUCUUCCACAUUGUGUCCUUAUUUGCUUGCAACUAUUCUGUGAUUGUGUCAUGGAUAAGGCUUAUUUUCUUGGGAAAGGGGUAUGGAAUUUGAUUGUCCACGUCUCAUUUAGAGGGAAGUUUUGUAUUUCAGAUAACAAAGUACUUUCAAUUGCGUUUAGACUUUGUAUUAGACAAUCAAUGGAUAGGAUGUAAGAUUUGCUGAGUUGAAGUUUCAAUUCAUGGAGCUCAUUUCAAGAUUAA